AGAGAGUUGAGUAUCGAAGCGUGAUCGUGUGAAGUGAGGUUUGUUUUUAUUCCAUCUCCUAAGAAGGUUUGGUAUUCAGAAUAGAAGACUCUGUUCCUUGCAAGAAUGGGUGAUCAUGUCAGAAAUCCCUUUGACGACAUUGAUUCCGGAGAUGAUGAGAUAGAAAAGCCACCGACACCUGAAAUCCAUCAUGGCGGUGAUUCGCCAAGGGCGCCAGGUUUUAGCGAUAUUUCAGACAACGAAGAUGAAGAAAAAACCGGCGAAGAAGCCACCAAACAACAGCCUGAAGAUAGCAACGAUAGUUCUAACGUUAGUUCCCCAGGUGAUAGGGAAGAUAAUACAAAAGAGGAUAUCAUUACGGAGGCGAAACCUGACGCUAGUCCUCUAUACGAUCAGGAAAUGUCGCCCGUUUCAUCAACUUCGGCAACAGCUGACGACCAGGAGAACACGGUCGCCAAAGAAGAUCACAAAGAGAAGGAUGCUUCCUUAGAAGCUGAGCAAUUACCACAAAAAACAAAUCAAGAAUCUGAAAGAAAACAAGAGAAUUUAGUAGGAACGGAAGUCGAAGGUGAACUUGGAGUUCUUAGUCAGCUGUCUACACCAAGAGCAGAGAUGGGCGAAGGAGAGCCCGAGGGAAAUUUAAAUGUAACAGAGAACACAACCGAAAGAUGGCGAACUUUUUCUUCAGGGGCAGCAACGGACGAUGAUUUAGAAAUGCCAAUAUCACCUUUAGGUCUUGGACUCUCAGGACCUGAAUCAGAAAUAGUUGAUGACAUUUUGAAAAGUGAUGUCUCCAAGCUUCUUCCUGGCAAUGAAGACGAGUCUAAGGAAGGGCCAAUAGACCAAAACGAUGACCUCAACAACAUAGCUAAAGAGGAGAAGAGUCUUGCUGAGGGAAGACCAACAGAACCAGAUGAGGAAGGGGUAGAAUCUGAAGAGGAGGCUGGUGAGCAGCUGAUUCAGGAUAUUUUUGGUGCUAGUGACGAGGAGGAAGAAUUUGUGGGAUUUGGACAAGAAGACAUUGAAGUGACCAAGAAGAAGAAGGGAGCACGAGACAGAAAGCAGCACUCACUGUCCCUUGGAUCAGAAGCUGAUGAUGAAGAAGUUAAAGCAAAUAAGGAUGACUUGGAAACAAUGAAGGUUCCAAAACCCAAAUCUAACAAAAGUGCCUUAGACGAUGAUGAUGAUGAUGACGAUGAUUUGGAUGACAAGCAAGUGUUUGUGUCAGAUUUUGACCUGAUGAUACAGAAAAAGAAAGAGAUGAACAGGAAUUUCAGAAGGAAAAGGAAGAAUGUGGACAUCAUAAGUGACAGUGAUGAUGCAGUAGCACAUAUGAUAACUCAGAUGAAAGAAGUUGCAGAGGAAGAUAGGAUGCUGAACGGAGCAAAGCAAGCAGCUACCAAGAAACUCAAAAUGCUUCCUUCUGUUCUAACACACUUACACAAAGCUGAUUUACAAACUACAUUCCUCGAGCUUGGCGUUUUGCCUGUUUUGAAGGACUGGUUGAGCCCUCUGCCUGAUGGUUCUUUACCUCAUCUUCAGAUUCGAGAAGGACUGCUCAAAGUCUUAGCCGAGUUUCCUUCCAUGGACAGCAGAACUCUUAAAAUGAGCGGAAUCGGUAAGGCAGUCAUGUACCUGUGCCGCCAUCCGAGAGAGACAAGAGCCAAUAAGAAAAUUGCAGGAAAACUCGUCAAUGACUGGGCGCGGCCGAUUUUUGGUGUGACGUCAAACUUCAAAUCCCUCAGUCGAGAGGAGAGAGAACAGCGGGAUUACCAAAACAUGUCCAAGAAAAGAAGAUUAAGUUCAGUAGAUAGCGAUGGAGGCAGGACUCCAAAGUCCAUCGAUUCUGCUCUGCAGAGCGACAAAAAAGCCGUGAAGCCUGGUGACAAGGGCUUUGUGAUGCGAGCCCGCGUUCCCAUGCCAUCCAACAAAGAUUACGUUGUGCGACCACAGAAUGCUGUUGAACGGAUGGAUUUCUCCAAGAAACCUCAAAAGUCGAUGAACCGUUUUGAAAAACAGAAGAGAAAGUUUGAUGAAAAGAAAAAGCUUCUCAACAGAGGAUCACAGCGAGCCGUGGGUAUUAGCAUCGAAGGAAGGAAAAUGGCUCUUUGAUCGACGCCGUUUACGUGCUGCCUACACGAAGUAAUCGUUCAUGUGAAACACUGAUCCUAAAUGAAUCUCUACUGCAAGCAUCCCUCGUCUUUGUGAACACGCAAUGAACAAACGUCAUCAGUCACUUGAGAGAUGAAUGGAGCGAAGUGUUUUGACGCACGCCUAUCAGAGCCGACGAUGUAACAACUUUUUAACUUGCGCUAAUUGUAAUGAAAAUGAAUGAAGGAAAAUAAGGA